AUCGAAUUAAAUACACAUUGGGUAUAUGUCGACUUCUCUAUAGCUUAUCUGAAAUUUGAUAUGUUCACUCUUUAUUUUGGCGAGAUAUGGAAACCAAACAAUAUUGUAACCCUGCACGUUAGUAAGGAUCGAAACGUUGAUAUACACAUUGAAGGGCAAACUUGGAGCUAAACUGAAAGCAAUGACAUCUUGUGAACCCUGCCACAGAAAAGGUCUUGGCGUUCCUGCAGUGAAGUGGUGUACUGAGUGUGACGAAGCAUUAUGUUCCUCCUGUUAUGAUUCCCAUAGGUCAAUGAAAGCUUUGUUGUCACAUCGUAUUGUUGACAUCGGUUUAGCAAAGACGACACCUGUACCAGCUUUGAUGAAAUUAUCCAGCCAGUUCUGCAAGACGCAUACUAAUCAGAGACUUGAGUAUCACUGCUUAUUCCACGACGCUAUCUGUUGUCAAAAUUGUAUGACCCAUAACCAUCGUGCAUGCGCAAAUAUUAUACCAAUAGACAUCGCCGCUAAAGGUGCCAAAGAAUCCCGAAGUAUCAGCGAGCUUCUGUCACAGCUGGAGAAUAUACAACAGUCACUUGAUGGAAUACGACAGAGGAAGCUACACAAUAUAAAACAAAUAGAUGAUCAGGAUAUUGCUAUUCGGAAUACAGUAUCUAGACUCAGGCAAAAAGUUACAGAACGUUUGAACGUUAUUGAAAAAGACUUAUAUGACGAACUGAAAAACCUUAAACUAUCCGGAAAAUCCAAACUAGAAAGGGAGUCAAGAAAGCUCCAACAAACCUCAGACUUAGUGAAAUCUCACAAAGAGCAAAUAGAAUUCGAAAAACAGAAUGGUACAGACAAGCAAACCUUUCUAGCGGCCCAUAUUAUCAAGGAACACAUUAUUGGCAUUGAAGAACGAAUUCUGCAUAUGAAAUCUCGAACUGGCACACUAUCAUUAGUAUUUCAAGAAAACGGAAACAUCUUAGAUAGUCUUGGUUUAUUUGGGUCUUUAUCAUUAUCUUCAAAUACCAAAACAUCAUUUAACAUGGAUGAAAAACAGAGCAAAGAAGAAGAACAGAGGGAGACUUUUAUACAGGGAUUUGAUUUUAGUUAUAAAUUUGACGUAAACGUCAAGCAAGAUGUCAUGAUAACUGGUAUAGCAGCCACAGACGACAACCGUCUGCUGAUGUGUGGUGGCGGGAAAUGCAAUAUAAUCAUCACCACUCUGGAGGGAAAAUACUUGCAAGAUUGUAAACUGACUGGUGAACCAUGGGACGUAGCAAUCACCCGCGAAAGAGAAGGCAAAGCUGUUGCAACUUUGCCAAUCUUAUAUGCAAUUCAGUUUAUCAACACGAACAGUAUGGUAGCAGGUAAAAUGGUCAAAUUUAAUUGGAGAGUUUACGGAAUCGCAACAAUUGACAAGAGAAUUAUUGUUGGUGGGAAGAACAGCUUGCAAAUAUUGGAUACUGAUGGUAUUAAAUUAAGUGAAAUAACUGUACCUAGCAUAAGUGUAUUUUAUAUACAUCCACGAGAAAAUGGGGAUUUUUAUUAUUCGGAUUGUACUUAUGUUUACUGCAUGAAACCCGAUGGUCGCCACGUGUUUUGUCAAGAUGUUUCAAACUUAGAUAGUCCUAGAAAUAUUGUUACAGACACUCGUGGCAACCUUUAUGUCGCUGGUCAUCGGUCCAAUAAUGUUCAUCGUUUAUCAUCAGAUGGCAUCAGUUUGGAUGUACCUUUGUCUAAAGAGGAUGCUAUAAAUGGACCGUUUGCUAUAUGUUUCUCAAUAGACCAGAGUAAACUAUGUGUAUCAAACCGCAAUGGAAAGACAAUCACAGUCUAUGACACGAUGUAUGCACCUCAAUCGAGGGAAAAGGACAUCAAAAACCUUCUUAAAUAUUUAUGAGAUGUGAUUUAUGUUUGUGUUUCGUAUAAAAAAAAUCCACAAUAAUAGAGAUCGAUAGCCUCUUACUAGGUAUUACCUGUACUGAAAUAAAGGAAUUCUGCUUCGUUGUUUUUGUUUUCUGUUAUCUCCUACCUAAUAGUCUCUUCAGGAGUUAGGGAAAUUGGUAUAGAGAUAGUAAAAUGGAAAAUAUAUUGCAAGGAUUAUUUGAUACCAUGCAUCAAUUAUAGUUUGAUUCAAAUAAAAUAUAUUUCUAUUUUG